AUGGCGGCAGCGGUAUUGCAACGAAAAGGAUACGACAAUGUCGAGUUGAGUUUAAGUGAAGACGAUGAGCCGGUGAAGGAGAAGAAGAAGAAAAAGACGAAAGAAAAGAAGAGUAGUACAGAUAGUAAGAGUAAAGAAAGUAAGGAAACGAGUAAGGAAGAGGAUCCAGCAGUCGAGAAAAAGAGAUUGAUGACACAAAAAACGCAAUCGCUCACAGAAGAUGAGGUCAAAGAGAAAGAAGAAGUCAAGGAGAAAGAAGAGAAGAAAGAUGCAAAGUCGAAACCCGAGAAACAAGGAAAAGUAGAAAUGAGUAAGAAAUUGAAGAAGGAUGAAUCAGUGAAAGGAUCUGGAAGUAAUGCAGCGACACCGGCUGGAAGUACUCCAAUGGAUCAGAUGAAGAGUAAAAUCACUCCUGCUCCACAAGCCAAUCAAGCACCUGUGAAAGUGCCCGGAGAGAAAGAGAAACCACAAAAAACUACGGGAUGUUGUGUGAUUUCUUGA